AUGAGGAACUUGCAAUCAAGCCAACUGAGAGUGGGAGUGGUGAACAAUACCCUCACCGAGGCCACAACGGUCAUGAAGAAACUCGACACUCCGAAGGCGAGUCUCGCUAAGAUUGAGCUUCUCGUGUUCCUCGCGGCCUUGCUACUAACCGGUCUCACCAUCUGGGGCUCGUCGAGGCGUCGGCGCAUGCCGCACUUCCACCCGGUGCUCAAGAACGUGUUGUGGGCAGCAUACACCCUCUCAAGCUACCUCAUCACGUACACGCUUGGUCUCAUGACCGAAUCUUCGUUCCGAAAUGACCUGUUCCCGGUUUGGGCUGUUUUUUUAUUGAUCUUCUUCGGCAGCUCCGACACGUUCUCCGCCUACAGCCUUGAGGACAAUGAGCAGUGGAAGAUCUAUGCUUGGCAAUAUUUGAUGAAGAACUUUGCGUUGGUCGCGUUGUUGGUCGUGUACGCUACCAGGUCGCCGAUGUGGUUGGGGGUCUGGUUUCUUUUGAACAUGGUGCAGGUCAAGGUCAGUGAUAGAACAACGUCUCUCAGGAUGGCGAGUGCGUAUGGCCUACAGAGAACCACCAAAUUGAUCGCUGACUACAUGAGAUCUGAACACCUGCCGCCAAAUCCGCUGAAUCCACCUAAUCCGAACGCACCUGAUCCGAACCCGCCUAAUCUGAUGACAGGAUACGAGUAUGUUGUGACAGGGGAAGAGGACAGAUUGUUAAGCUGGGUGGACUUCCUUCUUGAGACCUGGAAACUGCUGCCACCCUGGAAGGGGGAAGAGCAACUAGCUCAAGCAAAAAUGGAACAGCUGACCCGCCGCAAGCCAUUGGAGAUCACGGACCAAGUGAUCACAGUCGAGAAGGUGUGGGCAUGCCAAGGAUGGCUUUUGAGCUCGACAGGCGGGGACGAAGACAGCAAGCUCAAGGACAUUUGCCUCUCGUUUUCGCUCUAUAAGCUUCUCUCCUCAAGAUUUGGAGGCUAUUCAUUGCCCAAAGAAGCUCACCAAAAGACUUGGAAGUUGAUUCAAGACGGUUUGCUCGCGAAUGAAAAUGGCUUCGAGCGAGCAUUUCGGGUUGUUGAGCUAGAGCUUUCCUUUCUUUUCGAUUUGUUCUACACCAACUACCCAAUCGUCUUCCACCCUGGACGUUUGCGGCUAAAGGCGACGGAGCUCGGUCUUUUGGUCUCUGGGUCACUGCUGGUAAUUAUACUUCAUUUUACGUGGUACUACUUGAAGAAACCCCUAGAUGAAGUUCAACUGGCUGCUCCCGGUGGGGUGAGCAUUGACAUUCUCGUGACGACGGUGAUUAUUGUGGUAUUCAUAUGUUUGGAGCUUGUGCAGUUUCGCUUCAUGGCCAUCUCGGAUUGGGCAAAAGUAAGAUGGCUAUGUGACUACGUACGAGAAAUCUCGUGGCAUGGGAACGAACAGAUCGAGAAGAAGAUAGGACGGAUAUGCCGGGAAUCGCGGGAGCCCUGGGCAAGGAAACUUGGCCAAUACUCGCUUCUCGAGUCGCAUGGUCACACCCCUUCAUGGUGGCUAACCAACAGCUUAACAGCUGCUUAUAUUGACCCCCCAAGGGACGGUCAACAACAAAUCGAGCCCAUCAAAUUGUCCUCGGAGGUGAAAAAAGCCGUUUUAGAUUCUUUAAUAUCGAAUCAUCAUGAAUUGAAGAAUGGACAAGCUUCUUUGGGACGAAACAAAGUGGUUCAGCUCUUGUGGGCUUGUGGGCUCAAGACGCAGACUCGAGUAAUUUUCGCGUGGCAUAUUGCCACAAGUAUUUGCGAGCACGAGGUGCGGAUUUCGCAUCCAAACUUCCUCGUGGCGACCGAUUUGUCAAAGUAUCUCGCCUACUUGGCAGCAUUUUCUCCGAAGUUGUUACCUGAUCACCCUUUCGACACGGAGUGUGCUUUCGCUCAGAUCAUCCUCGACACGAGAGACCUGCUCAAAGAUAUGUUUGAUUGGGUCCGAUCAAUCAAUACUUGUCGAGAUACAAACUUCGAGUUUGCCAACAUCGGCAGGGAAAACCAGAAGAAAGAGGUUGUAUUUGGCCCAUCUGCCCCUCAGGCGGGGAAGGUGGCCUCUGCAAGUUAUCAACUAGCUUCUGCGCCCUACACAGGAACUACCCUUGAUUUGACAGCAUUGGAGUAG